GAACCAUCCAAAGAAGAGAGUGACUGCUGUCUGAGCGAUACACUAAUUAGUAGUCUUUCCUGACUUGGAGUGGCCGGGCCUGGCGAGCUUUCACGUAAUUCUUGGUCGUCGAUCGACCAACAAACGACGACGACUUCCAUAGAAAGUAGUGCAAUUUCAAUUGUCGUCAUCACCAUCUAAUCGACGGACGGUCGGGCGGUUGGUUGGUUGGUCUAUUCUAUGAUCAGUACAAACCGUUCAACCAGUAAACAUACAGGCUGGUCGACGACGACGGUGUUGUGUUGUUAUUUUGGCCCCGGUGUGUGUGUGCGUGUUUGUUUUCCAUAAUUUAUUCAAAUUGGCCUUGAAGCUCCGGAAGGAACGAAAAUCUUCAGUUUUCUUGAUGUGAUGUGUAUUUGUGUUCAGUUCUUGUAAAGUGUACGAAGGAAUGUCGGUUUGAUUCCCGAAAAAAAAACUCAACAAAAAAAGAACCCGGCUGUGAUUGCGUAUCGUGUCAAAGUGCAUGCAAGGCAGAACUUCAACAGCGCAUACAAAGUUGGUACGUUCGCAGUCGAGAUAGGCAGCAGAAUUUAUCAGCAGUAGCGGCGGCGGGAACCCCAAACCGGAAGUGAGCCAGUCCACACCAGCAGCAACUGGACUGGAAUAAUGUCUUCCAAAAACGAACUGAAGAAACUCUCGGAGGAGAGCUUGACCCGGCAGCCCGAGGAGGUGUUCGACAUCAUCUGCAAGUUGGGCGAGGGCAGCUAUGGUUCGGUCUACAAGGCGCUUCACAAGGAAAGCGAGCAGGUUCUCGCGAUCAAGCAGGUUCCGGUGGACACCGACCUGCAGGAAAUCAUCAAAGAGAUCUCGAUCAUGCAGCAGUGCGAUUCGCCGUACGUGGUGAAGUACUAUGGAAGUUACUUUAAGAAUACGGAUUUGUGGAUCGUGAUGGAGUAUUGUGGGGCGGGUAGCGUGUCGGAUAUUAUGAGGUUGAGGAAGAAGACGUUGUCGGAGGAUGAGAUCGCGACGAUCCUGAUCGAUACGUUGAAGGGGUUGGAGUAUCUUCACUUGAGGAGGAAGAUCCAUCGGGAUAUCAAGGCGGGGAAUAUCUUGUUGAACUCGGAGGGUCACGCCAAACUGGCGGAUUUUGGAGUGGCGGGUCAGCUGACGGACACGAUGGCCAAACGAAACACUGUGAUUGGGACGCCCUUCUGGAUGGCCCCGGAGGUGAUAGAGGAGAUCGGGUACGACUGCGUGGCGGACAUCUGGUCGCUGGGCAUCACGGCACUGGAGAUGGCCGAGGGUAAGCCACCGUACGGAGAUAUUCACCCGAUGAGGGCGAUUUUCAUGAUACCAACGAAGCCACCACCCUCGUUCCGCGAUCCGGACAUUUGGAGUCCGGAGUUUAUCGACUUUGUCAGUUUGUGCCUGGUCAAGAAUCCGGAGGAACGAGCAACCGCCACGGAUCUGUUGACGCAUGAGUUUAUCAGAAACGCCAAACCGUGCAGUAUUCUAAGUCAGAUGAUUGCGGAAGCGAAGGAGAUCCGGGAGAACCAAAGCUAUCGGCACGCGGCGGCCAUCAGUCAGGCCAACAAGCAGCUGCAGAACAACAACAAUAACAACAACAGCCAGGAUGCGGACUCCGACGAAGAGGACGUCAACUCGCGGACGAUGAAGCAAUUCCCGGAGGACUGCGGCACGCUGGUUCCGGGCCGGGACGACGGCGACGGAACGAUGAUUGCCCACACCGACUGCGGAACGCUGGUGCCGGACAGUGCGACGAUGGUGGAACUGCAGUCGAACCUCGGAACCAUGGUCAUCAAUUCGGACUCGGAGGAAUCGACCAUGAAGAGACACGACACCAACCCGGACAAGCCCAAGUACCGGCCCCUCUUUCUGGACCACUUUGACAAGAAGGAAGCGGAAGCGGCCAGCUUUGUGACGAAAGCCAACAACCAACACAACUACAACGACGACGAGAGCUCGUCGCCGGAAGAUCCCCACCAGGACGCUUCGCCGCAGCGACCCCAACCGCAGGUGCAAACCCCGACCAAACAGCAGGUGCAGCAGGUUCCCGACCCGAGCGCUCCACCGUUGACGCAAAGCCUCGAGGAGCAGCAGCUGAACGAGGAACGGCAGCGAUUUCAGUCCCAUCUGCAGCUGCAGCUCAACCAGAUCUCCGCCGCCAACGGCCCCAACAUGCAGCACCAGAUUCAGUACCAGCAAUCGCCGGUGGCUGUAACGACGCCGGACGGACUCGGAGGUGGUGGGGGUGGCGGCAACGGCGCCAUGGAGGCCCACAACAGGAACUUUAACAACCGGAUCAACCUGAUUGACAGUGAAUAUGAUUCGCUGAAAUUCCUCAACUACGAACAGCUCGAGCAGCGGCUGGCCAGCAUCGACAAGGAGAUGGAGAAGGAGCUGGCGGAGACGAACAAGCGCUACUACGCCAAGCGGAAGCCCAUCAUCGACGCGAUCGAGGCCAAACAGCAGAAGCGGCAGCAAAAGCUGGAGGAGUUUUGAUGAGACUUUGGUUGUGUCAUGCCGCAGCAAACACGUAUGAUUUUAUAUAUGCUUAGUUCAAAAUGUUUUUAAACUCACGGGGUGAGAUUGAGAAUUGUUGCAAGAAGGUUGAUUUUAAACGGCUUCAGUUCGGCAUUUGGGAAGGGAUUGUUGCAAACAAUCCGUAUUUAUACUUUAUCCCCCACCUCUAUGGCUGCCUAAACAAUGGAAAGAAUGCGUUUUUAAAACUUAGUAAAAAACAAAGUUAAUUUAUGAUACAUUGUGUAGAUCUUUUCAACCUACUACGCUAUACGAAACUAAUCUUUAAUCUAGAUUGUCAUUUUACUAGUGAGAAUGAGCAAAGUGCUGAAAGCUUGAACUUUCCCCAACCUUCCGUUUGUUCACGAUGUUCCGUCCCAAGUUGGAUUGAACCAUAUCGGUCCCUCCGUUACUUUCGGAUGCCAAAUUUUUCACUAACCAAAUGAGUAAAAAACGUAUUUUAUCCAAAUAAAAUGAAAACAUUAAGUUGGUGCUCCUUUUCUAAUCGUUAUCCAGUCAAAAUUGUUUCCGAAAAUUCGCAAUAAAACAAUAACUAAAUAUCGAACCACACUGUAAUGGAAAGAUGGACCUCAACAAACAGAAUAAAAAAUCCAGGAAAUAAAUAGUGCAUAGAGUGGGUAGUUGAAAAGAAUCCCCGCGAAAGCAGUAUGUAUAUUUAAGCAAAUAGUCACAUAAACAAAACAAAAAAAACAUUUACCUUAAAAUGGAAGCGUGACUUCCUGUUGAACCGUAUGCCUAUUAGCAAAGUUGCGUAAAACAAGCCAGAGAAAAAAAAGUAUAAUUCUAAAAUAAACGCCAUUAUCAUGAUAGUACAGAAGGAAAACAAACAAUACCGAAUGAUCUGAGCGGUGGAUUGCAAGCAGGGAGGGUUGAAUAUCAACACAAACACACAGAAAGAGAGACAAGUUUUAAUAAACAUAUAAUUAUUGCGUUGCCAUGCGUAAAAGCAGAAUAA